GUGUCACUGCCUCUCUGUUUGCUUAAUACCUCUCAGUAAUAGUGAAUAAUGUUAUUGGACAGCAAAGCUGAAUUAUUUCUCCUCCUCUUCAAGUUACAGAUCUCCUCCCAUUUACCUGCAAGUAAACUUCAGAAUAUUUGGCAAAGGUCCAUGACACACAAAGCUUUAACCAGAAGGAAGAAGAGCCAUUUUAACAGAACAAAAGCAAGAAGUCCAUCAGGAAUAUGGAUCCCAGUAAGUCAUCAGAGAAGUCAGGCAUUACGGAGCCUCUUCCACCACCCUACCAGGACCAGCCAGGAUACCCUAAUGCUGGAUAUCCUCAACCAGGUAUCUAUCCCAGCCCCUCUGGGUAUCCAGGCCAGUCAGUUCCUCCGCCCCAGUAUGGACAAGGGCCUUAUCCGGGACAGCCACCGAUCACUGUACAGCAAAUGGUUUACGUGACCUCGGCCCCACUGGCCAAUCCAUUGCCGGAUUACCUGGGUUACUCUAUCUUUACCCUGCUGUGCUGCUGUUUUCCUCUGGGUAUUGCUGCUCUGAUUUACUCCAUCUCUACUCGAAAUGCUAACACGUCUGGACAACAACAAGAAGCAGAGAAAAACUCCAGAACGACGCUCAUCUUGAAUAACACAGCUCUCGGCAUUGGCAUAGCCUUCAUCGUGGUGUACAUCAUCAUCAUUGUCUUAACAGUUUUUGUUUAAAAGCAUUGAUUUCCACAGAGAGACAUAGUGAGGGAUUUCCAAAUGUUAAUAUAUUAUAUGUCAAACGCUUAAGUUGAGCCAGACAUACAUGUUUGUUUUACAAAAAUAAACUUGAUCGUGUCUGGAAUUAUAUCAUUCACUUAGGAUACUUAAAAUAGAUAUUUGUUGUUUUAGUUUAAUUACAUUUACAGUCAAUUAAUUACAAUUAUUCAUUUAUAAACAUAUACAGUACAGUCAGUACAUUAUGGUGUACUAUAGUCAUGUAGCUGGGUUAUUGUAUUGUGUACAAUUAAUCUUUCCUGUCCCAGGUCAUCCAAUAAUUCUGUAUAUGUGUACUGUGUCAAAGAAACAUCUUGUAAUGGUCAAGUGUUGACAGAAGUAUGAAUUAGUCAGUGAGUUGAUACUGUAUGUAGAAACUUGAUUGACAAUUUUAUAUUAAAGGGACAGUCAAC